AAAACACAUGUGCAUUUUAACCACUUCCCAUCCGGCCUAUAGUAAUAUGACGGCCGGGCGAACCUCUCAUUCCUCCGGUAGGGCAUCAAAUGACGUCCUUCCUGGAUUGUGCAGUGCGCCUGCCCGCAGGGCCAUGCUGUGGCGAGAUCGGUCACUGGCUGUGUACCUUGGACACGGCCAAUGACAGAUCUGUGUACCGGGCCCAUUGCCAGUACCAUGUGACCUGUUGUGACCAAUCACAGCAGGCCACAUGACAGUUGUAUACAAUGGAUGGUUUCCUUUCAUGCCAUCCAUUGUAUACAAGUGUGUCUAGCUGUGAAUGGUCACACUUGUCACAUGGUACAAGGCUGUUGUGAAUAGCCUUGUACCA